AUGGCCAGACCAUUCGAAAGAAUCUCCGACAUCAAUGACACAAAAGAUUUGUGGAAGGUGGCGGUUCGUGUGGAGCAUAAAUGGAGUGUUAUUUCCAACAACGAAGAACACUUUGAAAUGAUUUUCGUUGACAAACAUGGGUGUGAUAUCCAUGUUGUUGUUCCAACGACGUAUACGGCUGCAUACAAUGACAGAUUUGCAUUGGACCAGACCUAUACUGUGUCGAACUUCAAAGUUGAGCCAAAUAAGUUGGUGUUUAAACCAUCUAGCCACAGGUUUCUGGUGAACUUUACGGGAGGAACAGCCGUUUCUAAUGUUAACAAACAUGAGAUACAGCCCAAGCAACACAGAUUUACGCGUUUUGCUGAUAUUAUAACCGACAAGUUUCAGAAAAAUAUGCUUAUCGGGCAGUAUCCACUUUCGGUUACAAACACCUUCCAUGUUACGAAACUACAUAUCAAUGCAGAAUUGCCGGGAGUCAAAAAUUUCGUUGAAAGUUUGUCUUGCCGUAUACCUAAGGACUCUUUGAACACGGUCUCUAGCCAACUUAGCAUAAAAUCACAGAGUCUCUCCCGCACCACGAAUUUUGACAAUUCUAGACAAACUCCAAUCCAGAGAUUGUUGUCUGGUGUUGUGGCUCUGCCUCUCAGUGAAAUCAAAAAACUGAAAGAGGUCUCUUUCUGCGCUACCGUUGCUGAAACCAGAAAACUUAUCGCGUCUUCCUUUGGCUGGUAUAAAAUCGAAAUAGAAGUUGUGCAUUUAGGCAUAUCUUGCAAAUUCAUAUUCUGGGACCGGGAAUGUACGGAUAUCUUGGAAAUAUCUGCUGCUCAAAUGCGGGAUACAAUGAUUCAGGCUGGAAUCACGGAUCCAUUAGAGUUCCCAUUAGCUCUUGAUGCCAUGUUGGACUUGGAGCUGGCUUUUAGAGUUAAAUGGAAGCCCAACUGGGACUCUUGCUCGGUUGUUAUGCUCAUUAAAGAUAAACCCUUCGUCAAACAAUUAAAGGCUCCGUGGGAACAUACACAGGUGUCCACUUCUCAACCCUCCGGAACACCGUUAGCAGAGCAGGUUAAAGAGAGCGUCGAUGAAGCAAAAACCGAUGCUGCAGAAGAGUGUGGAAUUGUUACGGAUGUAGAAAUAACAUCCAAGCAUAAUCCUGAUCCGGUCACACCUACUGCAAAAAGGCAGAUACAUGAUGGCUCCAACGAUUCAACUACCGUGGCCGGUCUGUGUGACGGAGAGCUGUCAUCAACAAAACUUAAAAAGAUCAUCAAAUUGGAGAAGAAUAUUUGA